AUGCAGUUCUCAGUCGUCAUCACCGCCAUCCUCUCAGCUGUUGCUGUUCCUGCUGUUCUUGCCGCCGAGUGCAAAGUCGGACGCAACUACCCCCAGACAGACUGCUGCUGGGGCAAGGGCCAGAAGUCUUGCAUGAACCAGAACGGCGAUUCAGUUUGGUGCGCGUCCAACUCGGCCAACUUCUGCUACAACGUCAUGAAGCAGGGCACUAACACUCCUGUGUCCGCCACCUGCGAUGCCGACUGCUGCGACACUGUCACUGGCUGGGGUAUUGGAUGCCCCAAAUAG